UUUAGUCGAAUAAUACCUCCCGGAUCGCCGCCAAUAUCUUCGUCAGACUGUCCUUCAAGUGCCGAAAUGCCCAACUUCUGCAGACCAUGACCAAGUCUUGGUGCUUUUCCAGUGAAAGACCGAUGGUAGACCGGCAACCCGGUCCUCGUAAUUUGGGCCUUUCUCUCGUCGUUUGCCCAACGUGGUACUGCAUAUCUACCGCACAAACUGUGGUGUUGGCCAAAAGGAAGUUUCCUUUUAAUGGCCACGGCAGAAGGGAAACACAAGGAGACGGGAGCAGCGCAAGACCAAGAACAGAGUCGCAAUCUCAGGAAAGGGCCGAGGUGUGGCAGACGAAGUUUGAACCAACCGAGAACCAGCGCCCGUGGAAGUUCCGUCCACCAGCUUCCCCGAUAUUCAUUUUGCCAACUCGGGGAGUUAAAGGAAAGGAACUCUCGCCAUUGCCGACCGGGAGAAUGGUUGAGCUUGCCCUUAUCAAGCUUGGAAAGGGUCCAAUGCAAUGGCUGCGUCAAGCAGCGGGCAGCCUAGAAAGCACCCUAGCAAAACAGUCAAUCCACUGUAUUAUGAUACCUCUCGAAUCCCGGGUCAUUGCAUUCAUUCCGUCGAGAUCCUAAGUCGCGGAGCCGGGGAUAUGAUUUGUGUGUUGAGCUACCGAUGCAGACGGUCGAAGAUUGGGCAGCUUGCCCGGUGUGGGUUGGAAGUAUGGACAGCGGAGAUGGAACAUGAGCCAG